UCUCACACCAAGAAUGCUCUCAGACCGUCUUGAUAUGAGACAACUACUCUAACUAGUAGUAGUCAAGCAUCGUCUUUGUGCAUUCACCCCACAGCCCAUGAUUAACGACUACAAUUCUUGUUUGUAUUUCCACUUCAUCCACAUCACCAGACUCUUACACCCAGGCCGACUUUAGCAUAUCAUUCACCUUCUCAUAUCUCAUAUCCAUUCCAUCCCACAGCUUACAGCACACAUGCGCGUCUGACCCUUCUUCGACACAAUGGAACCGUGGUUGGACUCUCUAUCGGAGGACUGGAAGUCCGAUCCCCAGUCAUCUUCGCCUGCGCCUUCGGCUACCAACAGUCGUCGCCAGAGCACUGCCGCCCUAUCGCACUCCCAGAGCCGCAUUCCUCAUCUCGCUCGCAACAUCCGUAAGGAUUCCACCUCAUCUGGUAGUUUUCUCAGACACCGAUCCACACGAGGGAAGGCUGGCGGCAAUUCAGAGCCAAUCUUGAAGGAACGGAGUGCCUCAAGCCUCAAUUUACCCCCUGCGCCCUCAUGUAAACAAUCCAGUCUUCCCCGACGCCCUUCCAGCGCCUUCUCCGAAUCCCAAAACUCCGUUCAACACUACUCGGUACGCGAAAAGCCUGUCGAUGCCGAAACUCCAGAAUGGAAGAGAAGGCUUGUUCAGGGAGAAGAUCUCACUAGUGAUGGAUUCGAUCUCUUCUCACCCUCCAAGCUCGAGGGCGUCUUUAAACAACCCACUCAGUCCCAGCCUCACAGCGAUAUCGACCUGGAUCAGAAUGACGGUGAUUCAAAGUCUUGGAAACCCUUUACUCUACCUUCUGCCGCCGAUUUCCCCCAGCAAUAUAGCAGUUAUCGUCCUCCACGAAACCGGCUGAACGAUCUCGAAGUUCUUGAAGAGGUCACCGAAAAUGAAGACACAGGCGAUCAUAGCAUGUCAGCUGUAUCCUCCGAGCUCGGUAGGACUGGGUCCAUCAGGGGGUUGGUUCAACAACGCGUCAAGAACUUGGAACAGGCGAAUAUAUCCCAAUCCGGACACUCGUCGCCGCGACCAAUGAGCCGACAUUCUGACAAAUCUGAUAAGCACUCGCUCAAUGUUAGAGACCCAAGAUGGAGGACGAUAAGCGGACAGGAGGAAUUGAAAAACGAGUUCAUCAGCCCGGUCACCGUGUCUAAACAGAACUCGAUUCGUGAGACCAUUAUGCGAGGCACUUCAGACAUUGAUGUCAACCUACUCAAAUCCAGACUCCAAGAAGCACAGGCUCAUGAUAACGAUCGUCCUACCUCCAGCUCUAGUGACAAGGACGUCAGCUAUGGUUACCUUCCUCCGACAAUCGAUGAUUCACGCAACGAACCUCUUCCAGACCUGACCUCCCAGUCCCUGCCCGAUGAUCUCUCGAUGGGUACUCAGGAUUUCAUAUCGCAUGGUGGCUUCAUCAAUUCGCGUCGUGGUGGACGCUCAAAUGAAGCUUCGUUCCUACGCAAAGACUUGAGUUUCUCUCAGGAAAACUCACGCCUGCCUUCUGCUCCUGACCCCCCAAUGGACUUUCACAGUUCCCCUCCCGUUGGCUCAAGUUUUUUCGACGAUGUCGCACGAAGCAAAGUCAGCGCUAGUGCACCAACGACCCCUCAAGAUUCCAGUGUCAUUCAUCAUACGGAAGGCCAUCAACGGCCGGCAUCGUCUGGUAGUCCACUUAAGUUGUUUGGUAACCGGGAUACAUAUACCAACAAUAAGCUCAUGCGGAUUCUAAGCCAAUUUGAAGAAGAUGACAACGAUAAAAGAGACGGACCGGCAGAUGGUACAAAGUCUCAGCAGAACAGUGCGAGCUUGCGUAUGAGUCAAUUCGGCCGUGGGGACCUCGAUGGAUUCGGCUUUGAGAAGAAUGUGCCGCGUCCAUCGCCCCAGGAAGCAAACUCGCUCAUCUCUGAACAGCGCAUCUUCAAAAGCGUACCGCCCGCGGACCUGCAAACUUUGGAAGAACCCGCGAGUUUUCAUUCCAAGUCAGACAUGCGGGAAUUCGAGGGGGACUCGAUACAGAAGCAGGAUGGGACGGUCUUGGAGAGAAAUCGGACCAACAAGCGACGUAAGACGUUGCUACGAGAACAAGUCGCAAUUAGCGAGAUCCAGAUGGAAGUCAAAGUGAGCCAUCUGGAACAACCGGCUAGUCUCGCGGGUUCGAAACGCAAAGAUGCAAGGCCUGGAGCAGAGGGCGUUCGGGCUGAUGCAGAAACACUUGCAUCGAGAAGCUUGUUGAGGCCCCGAUCAGCUAGACAACGAUCUGGAAGUCACGCUCCCUCUGUCGAUGCUACUGAGAAUUCAAUUCCAGAAGAAGAGGUGUCACAGCCGGAUCUCACCGAGGCACUGGCUGCAGAACUUGCUUCAUUCGCACAAGAAGCUGCUGAUGUCAAACUUGACUCGAGAAAGCCAUCACUUGCGACCAAAGACUACAUGGAAGAGGCAAACAAGGUCAUGCAGUUUAUUCGAUCGAGAGGCAAACCACAACCGGCGGUCACACAAAACCAUGAGUUUGGAAACACAUCUGAACUUGAUGUUGAUGCCAUCUUGGACCUGGAUCUGGACGCGGACUCAACCAAGGAUAGCUUCACUAGGCCUCCAUCGCGAGAGCGUAUCACCAAUCCAUCCCCUCAUCGACGUGUGGCAAGCCAUGAUUCGAUGACUGCCAGAUAUCUACAAAAGUACAAAGAUGAAGAGGACCUGGACGUUGUCACAAACACAUCUGCUUUUGAAAGCCUGCCACCGCCCAACAAAGCUUCAGCACAGCCUAUGUCAUCUGAAUCUAAGCUCGUCCUCCAAGAGAGUGAUCCUCCGAACAUGCGCAUUUUGAACCCAACCGACACUUUGAGGAAACGAAAAUAUUCGACUUCUACGGUGGACAGAACUCACGACCAUGUUGAUGAACAUGUUCUGCAAACACACAAGUCUCCGGCGGACUCGAGCCAGAAUACGUUUCCAACUAAUUCCUCAACCUCAGGUCCAAAAGGUGUUAUUGCAUCUGGCACUGUUUCUAUCCCCGAUCAGAUUGGGUUCAUGACUUUUGAUCACGACAAGAAAAUCUGGAUCAAGAAAUUUUCAGACAAUCAGGAGCAAGAGCCUCGUGGCAGAGAAGUAGCCGGCGCAAUGACUGAGGAUGAUCCAUUUGACAGCAUCCCCGAUCUGAGCGUCGAUGAGACACGGGAAAAUGCUGCUCGCAUGAAUCUUGAAUCGCCUGUUCGAGCACAGACCAAGGAAGAGCUAAGAGCUCAUCAAAGCGUCACCAGCCAACCCUCAGCGCGAUCUUCUGCACCAACCCAGAAUCUAAAGAAUGGUCCAGCUUCGGACGACAUGCCUGAUGAAGUCGUGCAAACUUCAUUGCGAUCCAAAACUUCAGAGCAUGAGGCAAACCUGCACAACGGAUUCCCUUCAGAACCACCCGCUGAGACGAAAGUGGAUCGGAAGCAGGCUAGAGUGGUAACCAUAGCAUUUUCAUCACCUCUGGUCUCAGCAGUCAACUACACAAAGUUCGACGACGAGGAUCUGGACAAUUUGCCACGUGAAGAGGACCUGCCACUUGAUGAUUCGGAUUUGAGUGAGCCAGGAGAGGCAGAGCUUAUCAAUGGGCCUGUGAAGGUGUCUUUCUCCAGCAACAACAUUCAGAGCACCCAUGGCACUAUGCAAGCAACCUCGUUCCAGCUUCGAACCAUCUCUCCAAUUGAGGAACAAGAUGAAGACGUGGGAGCGACACAGCUUAGUCUAGUUCCUUUGAAGAAAUCCAUGGAUCUCACACCUGCAACCCAGCGUGCAGUCAUCAAGCACAAGUCUGGACUUCGAGCUUCAAGCAUUCUUUGUUUGACACCUUUGUCAGAUUUCUCCCUGCACCAAGUUGACAGUGGCAAAGACUAUGAUCAAAGUUACGUAGAGGACAGGCAGCACCCGCAUGCUCUGCGACAAGCACAUGGCUCGCUGGCCCUCUCCGUUGAUGACUUGGUCAAGGCAAUCACCGAUGCGGUUUCCGAUGAACUCUACUGGGAAACCCUUCGUCGUCUGCAACUAUCACCCUCGAACUUGAGUUCUGCUCACGGCUUGAAGGACUAUUGUCCGGUACUGGAAGAACUCUCCAUCUCAGGCAAUCAGAUUGAACACGUUCGUGGACUUCCAGAAUCUCUUCGCCAUCUUGAUAUUCAUAACAAUCUGCUGAAUGAUCUGACGUCUUGGUCUAGCUUGUCGAAUCUGCAGUAUUUGGAUGUGUCAGACAAUAAGCUCGAGAAUCUUGAUGGUUUCAGUUCCUUGGUCCAUCUCAGAAGACUGAAGGCGAGUGGCAACAACAUUACCAACAUCGAUGGCAUUCUAGACUUGGAUGGCCUUCUCGAGCUGGAUGUCCGUGACAAUGACCUGUCAAAGGUUGACUUUGAAGGUUCUGAGCUACAUCGUCUCCAGCGACUUGACCUGAGCCACAACCAGCUGACAGAGGCACGAAAUUUGCAGUGCCUUCCCGCUCUGAAGGAUCUUGAUCUCAGCUUUAAUGCGAUUGAAGAAUGGCUCCCCGCAGAAUCAACGGCUCUUGCGGGAUUGAACAAGCUCGAAAUCUCUCACAACAUGCUUGAAUACAUCAACCUGGACAUGACUCCGGCGAUCAAGUACUUGGAUCUGGACAACAAUCGAGUUUCACAUAUUACUGGACUCUCACAGGCAUACCACCUGGAAUUUCUAUCUUUGAGAGAGCAAGGCAAAGAUUCAAACAUUGUCGACGAUGUGCUUUCAACUCCGAACGAAUGCCGCCACAUUCGACUGUCAUCCAACUCCGUGGUUGAUGGAACAUUCCGAUUACCUCAGACACCGCAGCAUAAUCUACGGGAACUUGAGAUUGCAGCCUGCGGCAUUUCCAGCUUCCCUGAAAACUUUGGGAAAUUCUUCCCCAACUGCCGUCGACUGAAUGCCAAUUUCAACGGCAUCAGCGACCUAGUCCCACUCCGAGGCAUGCUGAAGCUCAGAACUGUGCUUCUCGCUAGAAAUCGCAUCAACAGGAUGAGGAGAACAUGCAUCUUACUCUCCAAACUGCAAUGUCUCGAGCAAAUCGAUCUUCGAGAGAAUCCAUUGACAGUGGGAUUCUACAGUCCCCUUGCAAAGACGGAGACGGAGACGGAGACAGAGACAGAAGAAAACAAAAAGUCCUCGGAAGAGGCACGCUAUCAUCUGCCACUAGGCUCGAGAAUUGAAGACUCGAGCUGGAAAAAAGUCCUAGAUGAAGUGACGGGUCUUAAACGACGUGCCAUUGAACUUCUGUUGACUGAACAUUGUAAGAAUCUGUUGCAACUCGAUGGCAUGGAUAUAUGUCGUUCAAAGGUGGUUGGAAAGGAUGUCACAUGGGAUAAAUUGACCGGUCAGGGCGUGCUCGCUAUCCCCAUUGCAGUGCAGCCUCAAUGUGUGGAUGAGGAGGUUGUUGUUGUAGGGCAAGACGACGGUAUUUGCAUGAACGAGCCAAGGAAAGGUGACGAAGAUGAGAUUUGAUAGACGAGGAGAAGAUAUCAAUGUCAAUUGAUGAAGCAAUGGGUUUUGGAUUUUGGAACUGUACCACCACUAUGAGGAAACGGAUUCGGGGAUGGAUGCUGGAAAGGCGGUCUGUCUUUCUUCAUGGAAAUGAAAAAAAAGGGAAAUGACGGGGUUUUAUUUUUCUUUGGUCGUUAUUACUACAAG